AGAAGAUAUCUUUAUUUCUUAAAAGUACAACUAGACUUCAGCAAAUCCAUUUCGAAAGGUAGCAGAUCAUAAAAAAAUUUAUGAGGAACUCAUGAAACUAUCCAAUUCACAGGAUCAAUCUUAUCAGAAUAAAAAACGUCAAUCAUUAUUUGAAAUAAGUGAAUUAGGUAAAACAAUCAAUCGUAUCAAUUCAUUACCGAUUAAUAUUCAAGAUCAUGGUGAUCAUUGGAAACGAAUAACUGAUUUAGCAGAGCAAUCAAAUCCAUCCGUAACAAUGCAUCAACCAACGUUAAGACGUUCAUCAGAGAAUCAUAAACAGAUAUCUGAAACGAGUGGAAAAUAUGAUUCACAAUCUGUAUCACAACAAUCUCGUAAAACAAGACCUAGUUAUUCAAGUGAAAAAACUGUGAAAGAAUUUGAAGAACUCACUGUUGAAGUAGAAGAAGAAAGUAAGGUGUUUGAUAGAUAUACCGAAUUCGGUGGAAUCAAAUCUCAGGAAACAGUGAAAGUAGAGGAUGAGGAAUGUGACAAAAAUUUACUAUCCAAAACACAAUUCAAUAAAAAACAAGAUCAAACCGAAUUGAUUUUACAUACUAAUCGAUCAAUUAGAAAACAAAUGUCAUGUAUUAAAGAUCAUCCUAAACCUCAACCAUUCCCAGAUAGACAACUUUAUAUAUAUGUCAUAGCAGAUCCAACAGAUAUGCGGAUUGAACUCACUAAUUUAAGAAUGUAUGUUUGGCCAUAUUUACAAAGAAUUUGUAAUGAACGUGGAUUUACACUGAAUAUCAUUGAUGAUAAUAUGGAUACAGAUAUUGAACCACGUAAUCAAUUGAUGACAUCAAUGAUGAAUACAUCAUAUGAUUCAAUAGAUGAUUAUGAAUUAAAACAACAUUUGUCUAGAAGAAUGAAACAAAAGAAUUUUCUAAAUUGUCUGAUCUUACUAUCUAAUCGUUCAGUUGGUCCAAUUGUUCAAUUACCUCAAUAUCUUCCUAAUAAUUUAAUAAAACAAAUUAAAAAUAAUGCAUUAGAAGAAAUAGAAGAUAUAAAAUCUGAAAUAACUAUGUUAUCAGAAAAAUUACCUGGAUUUGAUAGUCCACGUCUUCAACGUCGUCUUUCUAAAUAUUUAGGUUCACAAACAUCAUUAGGAUCAUUAACUGAAGAGGUAACAAUGAAACAAUCUAAUAUGUCACCAAUAAGUGAUGCAAUACCCAAUAGACGGAAUACUUUAAAAUUUUCUAAUGUUACACCAAUACAAAUGACACAAAUUGAAGAUUCAAUACGUCAGAAAAGCGAAAUUAUACGAACACUUAAUCCAGAUAUUUUAGAUAAAUGGUACUGUCCAACUUCAGAUUCUCAUCCAGAUAUUUCAUAUUUACAACCAGUUAGUCAAGUUCUCCCAGGGAUUACAUGUUUCGAUGAUCAAAAUAUACGUCAAGCGGAGUUGAAAUCUUGGCUAAAUGAUUCACAUCGAAUACGAUGUUUACUUAUGCGUUUCUCUGAUCAAAGUCAAAUAAAUAGUUCAUCAGCUACAUCAUACCGUUUAUCCGAUAUGGAAAUACCGACACCGAAUACUGAAAGAAUUCAUUCAAAUACGGAUUCUAUUCCUAAUUCAAAUAGACAAACUGAUAUGACUGAUAGAUCAUCUUAUGUAAAGGAAAAGUAUAAUUUUCAGUCAGAAGUUGAAAGGCAGAUAGAAUUGGUUCUACAAAAUAAUGAAUUAAAUUCAGACUGUUUUGUUCAUAUACGUUAUCAUCAAGAUAAUAAAAUUCCAUCAAAAAAAUCUACCAAUAUUAAUGAUCCUUCUAUAACUAGUUGGAGAUCCCGAUCAUUAUCAUUGGCUUCAUGGUCAACCACGAGAACAAAUGUAAACACAACGAAUUCUAGUUCUUCUAGUUCAAUUAAAAAUGAAUUUCUUUCAAGUGCUUUUAAUGAAUCACUAGCCAGAGCAAAAUUACUUGUGAAUUGGGCAAGAUUAAAAGUACCAGCUAAUAAUCAAUCUCAUUAUGAAUUAGAAAAAUCUGCUUUGAUUACAUUAAAUGAUCAAAUUCAUUGUACACAAUCCUAUUUAGAUCCAAUCAAUUAUCAAGAACAUGCUAUUUAUCUAGAUGAUCUAUGCCGUAAUAUACGAAAUAAAUUUAGUCAAAGUUUAAUUGAAGAAAUGAAUAGACGUUCUUUCAUUGAAAUGGAAAAUAGAAUCAAUAAACAAGUGAAUUAUUUAUAUCAUUGGUGUUUAGAAUAUGAAAUAUCAGCUCAUUUAGAAAUGAUGGAAAGAUUAUCUUCAAUGUAUAUUGCAAGAGAAGAACUAUUAAUGGAAUUAUAUAAUUCAAUUAUAAAACAUACAAUAAAUUGUCAAGAGAAUAAUGGAACUAAUCGAAAUUAUUUUAGUUUUAUUCAAAUUAAAGGAGAAUCUGGUAGUGGUAAAUCGGUUCUAUUAGCAAGUUUAGCUAAACGAUUAUUAACAGAAUCAAUGAAAGUUAAUACAUCUAUAGUAAAUCCACGUGUAAUCUAUAGAAUGAUUGGAUCUUCUACAAUGUCAUUAAAUUUACUCAAUUUAUUAAGUUAUCUAUGUAUUGAACUAUCAACACGAAUGAAUAAUUCAAGUAUACCUGAUACUUAUGAUGGACUACGUACAGCUUUGCAUACAGCUAUCAUUGAAGCUACAUAUGAACAGUCAUCCCAGCAACCAUUAAUAAUUAUUCUGGAUGGAAUUGAAAACAUAGAAGAAUGUAAACAACGUAAAGAGAAUUUUCCAAUUUCAUGGAUUCCAUUCAGUUGGAUAAAAUAUAAACCAAUUUUAAAUUGUCCAGUAAUUUUUAUUAUAUCAACUAUAAAUAAUCCAGAUGAAAUAGCGUAUUUUAAUAAAAAUUUUCAAAAUAAUAUUGACCACUUCAUUUUUAGUGAUAAAAAUCAUACUACUGAUAAACAAAUAAGUAGCACAAAUACUUAUCGUCACAUUUUGUUAAACGAAUUAGAUUUUAAUGAUAUGAAUAAAUGUAUUAAAGUAUGGUUAUCCCAAAUUCAAUUCAUAAAUCAUUAUGAUACAGUAUUAUCAAUGAUUAAAACAAUGAAUAAAUCAUUACAACCAUUACAAUUAAAAAUCAUUAUUCAAUUAUAUAGAUACGAAAAGCACAAUUUAAAGACUAUUAUCAAUGAUAUAAAAGAUUAUAAUAAUUAUGAUCUAUAUAAUGUUUUAAUAAAAUAUACCGAAAAAUUUUAUGGUAUCAAACGUGUUCAAUUUAUCAUUGGUAAUUUAUUUUUAUCAAGAUUAGGUUUAACUAAUGAAGAUUUAAUCAAUUUAUUUUGGUUAAAAUUACCAAUGAAUCAUUGUACUUCGUCGACGUCUUCUACGACGACUUCCCAUCAUUUAAAUAAACAAAAUAUAAUUAUUAAACAAAAAAGAUUUUCAUUACAAGAUAUUCAUUAUAAUAUAUUAAUUAAUGAUAAAAUCGAUCGUGUAUUGAUUACUUAUAAUUGGUUAUAUCGAUUUUUUAAUGAAUUUUUAUUAUCAUUAAAUAUGAUUAUUAGAACUAGAUCACCUCCAUAUGGUUGUUAUAUAUUAUAUAAUAUGAAUCAACAAUUAUUACGAUAUUGGAUAGAGCAUUAUUAUAUAAAUAAUCAUCAAAUUCAAUUAGAAUAUCAUACUUUACAAUUAAAUGUAUUUUAUAAUCAGCAUAAAUAUACUACUACUACCAAUACUACUGAUACUACUACCACUGCUACUACUACUACUACUAGUAGUAGUAGUAGUAGUAGUAAUGAAUUACAUAUCCAUUGGAGAUGGUUAUCUGAAGUCCCAUAUCAUUUAAGUAAAUUAAAUAAUAUAAAAAAAUUAAAAAAAAUUUGCUUUUUUAAUUUUAUUUGGUUAAAUUAUAAAUUACAAUUAUUAUUAUUUACUGAUAAUUAUUCAUUAAUCAUACAAAAUUGUUUAGAUGAAUUUGUGUCGUGUUUAUUAUAUAAUCAACAUCCAAUAUCCAAUAAAAUCAAUAAUAAAAUCAAUAAUGAUCAAUUAAUCAAUGAUUUAUUGAUUGAAAAAUUAUUUCAUUAUUUAUAUGAAUAUCCAGAUAUUCAUUUAAUAUUAAGUAUAUUAAUACAAUAUAGAUAUGAAUUAAAUUAUAAUCCAUAUUUAUUAAAUAAUAUAAUUAUUCAUACAUUAAAAGAAUAUCAUCAUCAUUAUCAGUAUAUUGAACCAUUGAAUGAACAAACUACUGAUGAAUUAAAUAAAAGUAGUAUGAUUGAGACAUCGAUAAAAUCUCUUAUUUAUAAUAUAGAACAAUAUAAUAUAAAGAAUAAUAUUCAAAUACCUUCUUUAAUUAAUUUUAAUAUACCAACAUAUUUAUGUACAUAUGAACAAAUUAUCAAUAAUUUGACGUAUAAUUCUAAUAGUAUGACAUCAUUAUCAUCAUCGACGUCAUCGUCGUCGUCGUCGUCAUCUUCCUCAGCAUCAACGAUUGCAUUAACAUGUUCACGUAAAACAAUACAAAUCAAUGCUAUAGCUUAUUCUAAUACAAAACAAUAUUUAGCUAUAUCAACAUAUGAUUUAAUUCAUUAUAUAACUAUAUUAGAAAUAUGGAAUAUUAAUUAUAAUUAUAAAUUAAUAAAUUAUAUAAUAAAUAAUAAUACAAUACAAAUUAUAAAUGAAUUAAUAUGGAUUGGUAUAAAUGAUAAUGCAUUAUUAGGUAUUGAAAUACCAAGUCAAAAUAUCUAUAUAUGGCCAUUAAAAUUAAAUGAAUCUCCUAAUAAUGAUGAUGGUAAUCAUAAUGAUGAUCAACCAUACUACUUAUUAACCGAGGAACAAUCUAAUAUAGAAUUAUAUAGGAUUAAAGAGAAUUCUACUAUAAAUGUAGUUGAUAUGGAUAAUACUAUUACUAAUAAUAGUAAUAUAAGUUAUAUUAUACAAUUACAACAAGGUAUAUAUAAAUUAUCAAUAUGGUUAUGGAAAGAUAAUAAAUUGAAACAUUUAAUUGGACCAUUAAAUUUAAUUGAUAAACCACAACACAUCAAAGAUCCACAAUUUUUGAAUGAUCCAAAACAAAAGUCAUUACGUUCAAUUAGUUUACCAAAUACAAUGAUGAAAUCAAAUACUGAAUUACUUAUAAGUAGUUAUAUAUAUAAUAAUAAACUUUAUAUUAUAACUGGUUAUAAAGGUGAUUCAAAAGCGAUUAUGUUUCAUAUAAAUAUAUUAUUUAAUAAUUAUUAUUAUUUAGAUGAUAAACAAUCAAUUCAACAAAUAUAUUUAUUAUGUCCAAAUCAAGGUACACGUAUAUUAGGUAUUUAUAGUCAAUUAACUCAAUCAAUAAUUAUUAUACCUAAUCGAUCACCAUCAAUAAUUACAUUAAAUAAUAAUAAAAUUAUUGAUUGUAUUGAUUUAUUUAAUAAACAAUCAGGUAAUUUUAUAAAACAUAUUGAAUCAAUAAAUAAUAAUACUUUUUCAUAUAUGGAACCAUAUUUAAAUAAUUUUAAUAUUUUUACAACAUUUAAAUCAUUACCUAAAUUAUUUAUGUAUUAUGAUAUAAAUAAUGAACAAUUUAUAACAAUAAUACAAAAUUAUACUACUAAUAAUUAUAAUGAAGAUAUAAGUAAUAUUGAAUUAAUAACAAUAUGGGAUCUCAAUAAAUCAAUAACUAAUAAAAUCAAUAUGAAACAAUUAUUAUCAUAUAUCAUUCAUGAUCAUUAUACAAUGAUUAUACCAUUAAAAAUAUCAAUAAAAAAUAUCAAUCAAAUAAGUAUGAUAAAACCUAUUUUAGAAGAAAAUAAUUAUCGUAUAUAUAAUUAUCAAUUUAUAUUUAAUGGGAAGAUAUUAAUUACAUUAGAAAAAUUAGAAUAUUCUAUUAUUGUUGAAGAAUGCAAGGAAGUUUAUCAAAGAAUGGGUAUCUAUGAAAUAGAUUAUAAUCCCACUAAUGAAUUUCAUCUUAAUCAUAUAAGACAUUUAACUGAUGUCUUUAUUAUACCAAAUCAUAUAACUGAAUAUAAAAUAAUUUAUUCAAAUGAUCCAGAUACUACUUCAUAUUUACUUGGUUUAAAUGAAACUAGAUCUCAUUUUGUAGCCUAUAAUUUAUUAAAUGGACAAGUAAUAUGGAGAUUAAAACCAGAUUUUUCAAUAUAUCCUGAAUAUAAAGAGAAUUCUUUAUUGAAUAUAAAGUACGAUCCAAGUAUUCAACAGAAAUCCAACUCUUAUUUAAAGAAUAAUACCAUUGAAAAGUUUUUAAUUAGUGGUAAUCAAAGUAUCUUAAUAGUUAGUUAUAGUAUGGAAUGUGUUUGUGUAUUUCUUAUGAAUAAAUUAAAACAUGUUGGUUAUUUAGAUGAAAAUUAUGCAAUGAUGAAUAAUUAUCCUUUAAGAAAUACACAUGAACAAAAACAACAGGAACAAGAACAACAACCGGAACGUCUUAGACGAUUUAAUCCACCAAAUUUAUCAAUUUCAGCAAUAUCCUAUGAUGGUUAUUGGUUAGUUCAUACAGAAUAUAGUCAUGAAGAACAAUGUACAUGUUUAACAAUAUGGUCAUUAAUUCCUUUUCAUAUUAAUAAUCAAUUAAUUAAAAAAGAAUAUAAUAUAUCAUGGAUUCGUAAACGUUUAUUAAAUCAAUCUAAUUUAAUUCAAUUAAUUAUAAGUAAUUAUAAUUGUAUUAUUAUUGGUGCAAGAAUUAAUUAUGGUCUUAUAUGUUGGUGUCCAUGUAAACAAUUAAAAUCAAUUUAUUUACAAGGUAGUCAAUAUUUAAAAUUUUCAUUAAAUAAUCCCCCUUUAUUAAAUAUAUCAAAUUAUGGUAAUCAAAUUAUAUCUAUUAGUGGUUAUAUAAAACGUACACAAAUAACAAUAUGGCAAUUAAAUAAUAAUAAUGAUUUAACUAUAUGCCUUAUAAGUAAUCUAUGUUAUAUUGAUAAUAUAAUUGAAUUACAAUUAAUUAAUGAAAAAUUAUUAUUAUGUAUAACAGUUAUGAAUUUAAAUAAACCAUUAUUAAUUGAUUCAAAUUGGAAUAAUAAUAAUAAUGAUUCUUAA